UUUCCGUCCCAGAAACAGUUCGCAGCGAGUGAGCCGACCGUAGGCGCCGGGCCAGAAGAAGCAGUCCACACUGGCCACACCUGUGACCCCUGCUGUCCCUCACUGGCCCCUGCUGGAUCCAGAAUGGCUUCCUGGUGCUACUGCCUCCUCUACCUCCUGAUAAGGAGUCUCUCUGGGACACCCUCCAACUCCCCAGGUGAAGCAAGGAGCUCUUGGCUCCCAGCUCCAGUGGACCCCGGUGAGGUGGUGGAGACCCCAGACGGGGUGUGCAAGUUCCCAGGGCAGCAGCUGAGCUGGUGGCAGGCUCAAGAGUCAUGUGAGCAGCGUUUUGGCCACCUGGCACUGGCGCCCCCAGCUGAGGUCCUUGCUCCAUGGCUGCCCAACCCCAUCUGGGUGGGCCAAAGGGAGGCCCCUCUGCGGAGACCCCCCCAGAGGCGUUCCCUCGUCCAGAACUGA